GCGGAUUUUGACCAGGAGUUCCUCCCCUGCAGCGGUAAAAUUGUAACCCCACGUAGGCAGUGAGGGAACUAAAUGGCGACUUCAAACGAGGCUAGACGUCAUCUUGUCAUGAUCGUCCUUCACAUACCCCAAGCUUGAGUCGCCCCCAAUGGGUGUUUCUGAAUAUAAACAGCAGUCAUGUCUCCGACCCACUCGGCUGUCAGCAAAUUCGUUCUGCUUAGAAGUACUAGGAUGCUUUUAUCAAUGGGAGUCAGAGAGAGGCAAUAAGUACCCCAUGGUGACAGACAACUCGGAGCAGCACGUCUCACGGGUCGGGAGUCCAACCGCUGCUGGAAGGGAACCAUCGCCUAGUGCUGCUGACAAUUCCACUACUCGUCCCCCGACGCGUAAGAAGGGCGGCAGAUCCCAAAGCCCACGGGCAAUGGAAAGAAGAAGGCUGCAGAAUAGGAUCGCACAGAGGAACCACCGUAAGGAGAGAUGAACAGGAUCUGUCAUUUCCAGACCACUAACCCCAGCACAGGCCGCAGGCUCAAGGAGCGUACUGCUGCUGAAAAUAUGGAAGAUGCCCGAGAAUCACAGAGCACAUCUGCCUCACAGCCGUCCAGGUCGGACAAUAGCAGCAACCACAGUAUUAGCAGCGGCAACACACCGCAGCAAGUACGAUCCUCAUCUUCUUCCUCUUCGUCGUCGUCGUCGCAUGCCAUGAACGUAGCCUUACUCACCGAGGAGCUGCAUAAGCCGGGUAUAGCACUGGGGCUCGACUCAAUGAUGCCGGAGAUGACUGAAGGGGACGCUCUGUCGUCCAUGCCCGGGUUAGAUCUGUUUUCGGUGUCGCCAGCGUGUCCUUGUAAUGGGGUAACAGGGCCAUGUGCUGCACAUCUUGAGGAAAUCCGGUCGCAGGUCCUAAGAGGCCCCAUUACGCAAGAUUCCCCAGGCGUGGCACGUCCUAGAGUCAGUACAGUCUCAUCAUAUCGAGACUCUCCAGUGCAGCCGACGCAGUAUAUGGACAGCAGUCCGAGCAGCAUGGAACUGGUCUCAUCGCACGACUCGCAGCCGCACCAACCUUUAUCAAGCAGUAAUGCUGCACGAUCAGUGCCAUCGGCGAUGAUGUUGGAUGGCGACUCAUCCAAACCAACUGAUCACAUACAGAGCUCAUCAGAAGAUUCCGUAAUAUCAAACGCUGUGAUGCAAAACACAGCGCGUUUCAAAGCAAUCUUGGAGGUUGUGCGUGCGGCUGGGUUUGCUGACUUUGACCGAAUGGCAGCAGCCUACUAUACUGCGCAGUUUGAAAAGAACAGCCUACCGGAGAUAACGCAGCGAGCUAGUCGCGGACGGCGUCUAAAUAAGCUGUUGCACGAGCUGCACGAAUGUAGUCGUCAGUGGUCGCCGUGGGAGUCUCGAGGUCUGCGCGAGGGUGUUAUUGAGAGUGCCACCAUGGAGUGCAUCGACGAGAUCGAACGCAUCGCUAGUGAUCAUCUUCAAGUACGAGCCCACGACAGUGACUUAAAGAAAGAUUGCAUGGACACCAAGGAGGUGAUUCAGAACAGCAGCGCCGGGGCCCUAUCUGGUCUCCCAACGCUGCCAGACUCAGUGGACAGCGCAAUGCAGGAUGAGGCGCCGUUUCUCUGGAGUCUGGUUACUGAACUUGCCGGACCAGAUGGUAUUUACUGCAAUCGUGUAUCGCACGCGGUUCUGGCGCUGUUGGCAGAUGCUCGACGGAGUCAAUAUUCGUGAUGCUCUUGACUUUUUCUUUUGUUCUUUUGUGCUUUUAUGAUUUUAUGUACAGCAAAAUAUCCAGACUAAGCGACGGAAGCAUGUAUAUAGGCGCCAUAAAUUUCUCGGCCUGUAGCAGUUCACAUAUAUUAUUCGACCUCAAACGCUAUACACAGCUGCAAGCCUCAUGGCACUUCGUGAAGUUGCGUAUAACUGGAGAUUGAUAUGCCAGUCCCUAGGUGAUAGUGUUACUGUUGAAUUAGAAUUCCGUUCGCCGCGAG